CAACUGCAGUAUCUGCAAAUAAUUUGCUCUUUAGAAUUUGAACAAAAACCCUAGUUUUUUUUUUCUCAAAACCUAAAUUUUUUCCCAUCCUCUUCGAAUUAUUGCUCAAUUUUCGACAUCAAAGGAAUCCUAAGUACCGAAAUUGCAAGGCUUCGACUAAUCCCAUUCCCAACGUCUGUCUGUCGAUCAUCCGCCUCGAAUGCGCUCCACAAUAAUUUGUGGGUAAGACUCAUCAAAAACCAUGAAAAGCGUUUGAUCGGAGUGUGCGUUGUGGCAUCAACAAAACCGUAGUGCGGCUCAACAUUCUUCUCUACCACUUUGAUUAUCAGAUACUCUAUACAAAAUGAAGAGAAAAGCAGAAAAAGCAGACUUGGAUGCAGCGUCCUCAGCAUCCGCUGCUGAUAAUCGAAUUCUCUUACAUGUCUCGGUGCCAGACGGUGUCUAUGACAACCAUUGGUACACUGCCAACCUCAACGAAACAUCUUCUAUUUCAGUAAAGCAUUUGUGUGGGAUGCCUAAAUCUAUUCCCCAGUACGGCGCUUCUGUUCGGGUGGGUUCAUCCAUAUGCUAUAUCGGAGGGAAGUUCUUUUUGGAAGAUACUGAACCUUGGAUGCAAGUUGUCCCCACCAAUUCAUCAGAUGUUCAUCUCUUUGAUACUCGCUAUCCUCUUAAUGGGUGGCGUAGAGUUGGUUCCAUGGCUGCCGCACGAAGCAGGCCUGGUGCGGUGUCAAUUAAUGGAAAAGUUUAUGUUUUUGGAGGUCAUUGCUCUGCAAGUGAACCCUUUGGUGAAGUUUAUGAUCCAUCUUCUGACACUUGGGCUACCUUACCGGAUCCUCCAAAUGGAAUCAACCUCCGCGAUAGCUUCCUAACCCGUUCUUCUUUGGACAACGACUUCAUAAUUGUACACAGUGGUUUAGAGUUUUAUGCUUUCCACCCCCGGUCUAUGUCCUGGCCACUCAGUCUGGGCGAGCACUUUGAUGUCUGUUUCCCUGAUGUGUUCAUGGAUAAUGUAAUUUAUUCUUACCAUGAUGAUGAUGAAACCUCUGAAGACAAGGCAUUGCUCUGGGCGUUUCAGUUGGACGAAACGGGCCCAUCUGCAACUUUAAAAAAAUCUCUGGUGAACUUUGAGAGUAAGUUGCCUGCUCCCAAAACUUUUUUAGUUGCUUUGAGGAAUGGGAAUUUAUGUAUGCUCCGGCAUGGCACUUUGAGGAGUAGGGGUACCUGGCCUCCAGGUGGCACUUUUGUGCUGCAACAGCUCAAAGUGUUCAUUGAUGACAGCAAUGGUUUACUGCGUGCUGAAGAAGAUUUUUUUGGCUCUUUUAGCAUUAAACAAUGCAGAGAACUCCUGGAUGUGCUUGUUCUCUAGGAGUUUAUUGAUGCUUUAUGUAUUAGAGUGCAACAAGAGAAAGAGAGCAGAUAAAGCCGAGAAGAAGUUUAAACUUAAGCUGAGAGUCUAUUUUGGCUUGGUGGGCGCUCUUUUUUUGCUCCAAGGUUUGAGUACCGCCAGACUUCUCAUUUUAUUAUUUUGCAAGAAAUCUUAAGUCUUUUUUAUUAUGAUAUUUUGGAGAAAUCAUUGCUCUUUAUAAUAAUGGAGUUGUAAGCAUUAUAGUUAUUGUUUUAUUACUUUCUCUGUUUUUAACUGGUUCCUUUCGCGGUUUCAACUUAGUAUAUAUUAUUUAGACUGUAUAUAAGGUAUUUGAUCUGUGAUUGUGCAUAUAUCAUUCCUAGGAGGAUCAGCUUCUCCUGUAGGCAAAUAUUAGAUCAUUUUGUGUAAUCUCAUAAAAUAGUUAUCUAGUCUAUUAGAAGUAACUUAUUUAUAUUAGUCUAUUAGAAUAACUUAGUUACACUGUAACCUUUACAUCUAAACAUUAGGUGUAUACUUGCAAGAUUGUAUUAAUUAUGAGAUAUUUUUUUCAAAAGAUUUGAGUUAAAUCUCUAAAGGGAAUUCAAAUCAAGUGGAUUCUCCUUUCUGUCAACUGUUAAUGCAGAGAAUGUAUACAGACUUCGAAAGAUCUUCUUAGUAUAUACCCUAGGACUUAAUUAUGGUAAGAUUUGUUUUGAAAAUGCUCAAAAGAUUAAAAUGGAGGGUUUCUUUCUAGCUUGUGGUUACUUAGAAGGAUGAUAGUUAUCAGUUCGUAGGAUGUCGCAACUUGCUUCUUGACGUGAUUAUACUGAAGACAUCAUUCUCUGUUUUAGUUAUUUUGUUUAAAAUCUUAUUUAUAAUUUAACUACACUUAGAAUUUGUGAAUUUGCUUUCUCUUUUUAUUUCGUUAAUUCGGGGAACAUUCUUUGAUUACUGGUCUCUUAUAAUGACAACAGUAAAACUCGGCCUUAAUUGUGGUGUUAGAGUUGGGACUACCCGCUACUGUAUCCUACAAAGGCAAGGCAGGGAAUUAAGAAAUUCUGCAAUCAGGUCUAAAUUCUAAUAAUCAUUCUACAAGGAGACCCGAAAAUGGAUCAUAUAAUCAAUACUUUUAUGGUUAUUGCAAAAAAAGAAUGUGCAGUGUUUGUUUAUCUUUACCAAGAUACAUGCAAAUUCCUGUAGUAAAAGGACCGCAUCAGAACAAUGAAUGCUAGUGUUUGAUUUUUAUGAGCUUGUGCUGGACCUGAUAACAUAUAACCUAGAUUCUUAUAGGAUGAAUGUUGAUGUCAACUCAUGUGCAUUAAAUUUAAUCAUGGAUGCGUGGAGUUCUUCGUAUUGAACUUUAGUGAGAUGAACAAGCUGUGGAUGUGGAUACAACAUCAGGUUGGUUGAAAUAUAUGAGGCUACCUGCUCUCAUGUUUGGCAUGCAUCACAUCACUUGCAUUGCAUGCCAUAAGCGACCUGCCCCUGACAAGGAAAAGCAGGAGAAAGAAAGGAACAAGCUACAUGAUCUUGUAAUACCAUUCACCUGUAAAUGGUUUUUGCAAUGCAUAUGCCACUCAUAAAGUAUGGGCAGGAUUGGCCAAGUGUUCUUGAACAGGUUUGCUGACUCUGACUGUAUUCAUUGUUGAUAGCAUGUGUCUGAUAUUAAACCCCUCCCUCCUUAAAUGAUAUAAACUUUCUGUGUUUAAGACUGAGUAAUGGGUUUUAACUACUUUGACAUCAUGUCAAUUGUAAAGACGAGAUAAUAUCACUUGCAAACUCUUGAAGUCUUGCUGGGUGCACAAGACUUUCCUAUUUGAGAAAAUCAAUGUUAUCUUGUUUACGAGUGGAUGACAUGGUCUGUACUUUUGAACGAUUCCUAUGCUCUGAUGAACAAUUUCAACUGUUAAGCUAUGCUGACCUUGUGUCUUUAUGUUUCACAAGCCCUCCGUAGUGCUUUCUACAUCAACUGCAGAUGUUUUGUGCGAGUUCUUGGUACAUGAAUGUUGAUUUCUAGAACAGGGUGUUGAUGGUUGAUUUAAAGGUAAAAGAAAAAACUUCAACGAAAAAAAGAUAUUAUACAGUAAAUUUCUCGCGGUGUUUAUAUUUGGGAUAAUUUCAUUUAGCAACUCUAGGGUUUUGACGUAAAAGGCAUGUAAAAAAAGUUUACAUUAUAAAAGGGGCUUAUGGGAUGGAUUUUUACAAAUGGUGUUCAAUUUUGUUAGUCAAAUUAGUUAAAAGACUUAAUUGACAUAAAAUGUACAACCUAGUAGCUCGAUUAAUUUUCAGUACAGACUAGUCUAAUACUCUAAUUAUAAAUGAAAAUAGGGAAAUUUAUUAAUAAAUCAUGUUAUUUUUAUAAUUCAAUAAUAAAAAAUAAUUUUAAAUAAAUAAUUGUUGUUCUUCGAUCAUAUACUUUUUAUGUUUUCAUUUAUAUUUUAAUUAAUUUAGACCAAAAAUAAGUUGGACGACUAAAACAAUGAUGCUUUAGAACAUCAAUUUUGUUUGUGUUCAUAUUGGGAUACAUGUUCUUUCUAUUUUGGCGCCAAUCAAUUUGCCAGCUUGAUUCUUUCAUGAAAUUUUUAAAGUGUUAAAUUAUGUCAAGGAAAAUUAUUUUACAGCACGAUCUUGAAAUAAGAAAUUGUAAGUAAAUGCAGUGUUCACAUUUGUCAACAUUUUGAAAGAACGAGGAAUUUUGUCAAUUACUUUAAGAAAAAUAGGUGAGAAUUGCAUGUGAUGGCUGUAUUUUAGGAUGUUGGAUAUCUUAUAUUAGGGAGAGAAUUUAGUUUUCACUUAUUUGUUUUAAACAGUCACCUGCCAGUAGCUCAUAUAAUAUUUUUCUUAUGACUAUUUCUAACUCCUAUGCAUGAAUUUUGGUUAAAAUUAUACGUUUCAAGGUAUUUGAAGACAUUUUGGUGGUACAAAUGUGAAGAAUACUUCCUAUGGGAAACUUUGCUCUGAAUGGAAUGUUGUAUUGAUGGCAUAAUCAUGGAAUUAAUAAAUUUGUCUUCAUUGGCCAACUGUAUGUGAUGGCAAAUGAUGUGCCUGUUAUCUCAGCAUUUUUGUCAAGUUCCCUGUAACUGUCCAACCCAUCUGCAUUUGACAUAUUGAGAGCUUAUAUAAUUCUUGAAGCUUGUUUUGAUUUUUGUUGUACUUAGAAAGUGAUUUCUUGUUUUCACUGUUCAUGAGGAAGCAUGCAUUGAGAAAUUAUGUGGCAAAGAAAAGCUUGAAAACAGCAAAGUAAUAAAACAAACUGUGGCGCUCUUAAGGGUUCCAUUGGAGAAAUAUAAUGAUGUUGUCACUGCUUUGAAGCUUUCAAACAAACUCUGUGUCAUGGAGUACCUUGAUGCCAAGAGAAAUAAAGUAAUGGCAACUGUCAUAACUCAAAGUAUAAUACCACACUCAUACUUCUACCAGCUGACAAGGUUGAGGCGUUUGUUUGAAUUGAUCACAGGACUUAUCAAAGAUUUGAGGUUUCACUUAAAAAUAAUCUUUCCUUAGACAUUGGCUGGUGAAUCCAAAAAAGAAUAGAAGGAAUCUUCCGAAUCCUUCUUUCUAUCCCCAGGGCCUGACGUUUCAAGCUUUAUUUAUUUGAGAAGGUUAAUAUGCUUUCUAUCUUUUAGCAAAUACAAUUUAUUGUCCUUGAUGUGUGGUUGUUUGUUCUGCUGGUUAGAUGACUACGACCCAGAGAGGAGAAAUCUUUUUGGCGAUGAAUCAUCAACUACACCAGAAAAAGAUAUUUCAGCUUUCGAAUCAGGUUCCAGCUUCCACCUUCUUUUGUCUUCCCAUUUUGUACCGAGACACUGUAAAUUCUCAGUCCUUUACAUAUAUGAUAUGAUAUGAUGAAGCUAAACUAUUCUGUUUUAGAUGGUUUAGGCACUAGCAAUUGUUCCAGCACCUGAACUGGCAGUAUGGCUGUACUUAAAAUGUAGAAACUGGUCCUUAUAAUAAGAUAACACGGUGUGAGGGGUUAGUAUUUCAGCAUAUAUGACAUGCAUGAGCAAAGUAUUAAUAAGUUAUUCAUUCUCA